AUGCCAGCUGCCGCGACCGACGGGGCCUCCGCACUCCAUGUGGUGGCGGCCAGUGGGGACCGCCAGGGGUACCUGGACCUGGCACGGCUCAUCUGCCGCAAGGCCCCCGAGCUGCUGCUCGCGUGCGACGGCAACGGAGACACGCCGCUGCACUGCGCCGUGCGCGCGGGCAACGCUGAGAUGGCCUCCCUCUUGAUCCAGCAGGCCAACGGCUGCGACGAGAGGAAGACGAUGCUGAGGAUGACGAACAAGCGCGGGGAGACGGCCCUGCACGAGGCGGUCCGCUUUGGCCGCAAGACGGGUCUGUGCAUGGUCAAGGCGUUCAUGUACCACGACAAGGAGCUGGCCCGUGUGGUUGCCAGGGACGGCACUUCGCCGUUGUACCUGGCCGUGUCGCUGCAUCACAGCUCUAUUGCUUUUGAGCUGAUUUCUCACGACCAGGAGCUGUCCUACUCGGGCCCACUUGGACAGAAUGCCUUACAUCCGGCUGUCCUCCACAGCAAAAAGAUGACACAAGCGCUACUUAAAUUGAACAUGGAGCUGACCAAACAACAGGACCUCUCUGGAAGCACACCGACGCAUUUCGCAGCGUCAGCUGAUGAUCCUUCCCUCGAAUUCUUCCUCUACGUCUUCAUGGAGAGGACCCUGGAAUUCUACUCCUUGGGCAUCUACUUUGCGCCGGCGAAUUGGCUAACCAGAUUCUACAGUUACCUGAACCUUCCCCUCUACCAGCUGGUGCAUGCCGAUCCGUCGUCGGCGUUCCAGCGUGACAACGAUGGGCUGUUCCCGGUUCACGUCGCUGCCUCGGCGGGCAACCUUGUCGCCGUCAUCAUCUUGCUCAUACGGUGCCCUGGCUGCAGCGGGCUGCGCGACUCUCUGGGAAGGACGUUCCUUCAUGUCGCUGUGGAGAAGAGGAGCCACAACAUCGUCAAGUUUGUGCGCAUGAGACCUGAGUUCAACUCGAUCCUGAAUAUACAGGACAGCCGAGGGAACACUGCUCUGCAUCUUGCUAUCCUUGAAGGACAUCUGUGCAUAUUCCAGACUCUGAUGAUGAACCCACAUGUUCGCCUCAACUUGCCCAAUCAUGACGGGAAAACCCCCAUGGAUCUUGCCGAGAGCAGAGCUCCACCAGGAUUCUAUUUCGGCAUGCAUGCACAGCGUAGGAUUCUUGGCACGCUGACUUUUGUAAAUGCUCAGAAUGGGAACAGUCGCCGCGAUCGUUUCAAAGAAAAGCACGUCCCGAAGCUAGACAAGGCCGAAGAGUCAAAGAAGAUAACGGAGUUUGCACAGAUCGUCGGCAUCUGCACGGUGCUUGUCGCGACGGCGACAUUCGCGGUAGUCUUCCAAUUGCCCGGUGGAGUGAGGACUGAUGGCAACGGCACUAGCUCGUCUCCAUCUCCAUCUCCUCCAUCUCCAGGUUACCCCAUCGGAACACCGAUACUGGCCGGGAAAUAUGCUUUCGACGGUUUUAUUCUCGCCAACACAUUAGCUUUCAGCUGCUCCGCUAUAGCCACCUUCAGCCUCGUCUACUGCGGGAUGGCCGCAGUCGACAUAGAGAAGCGGAUCAAGCUGGUGUCCAUCUCGAUCGCAUUGCUCAACGGCGCGGCGAGGAGCUUCUGCGCCGCCUUCGCCUUUGCGCUCUACCUGCUGCUUUCUCCCGUGGAGCCGGCAACCGCCAUUGCCACGGCCACGAUGACGGCGCUUGUGUUGCUCGACGCAGUCCGCUUCUUGUGGCUGCUGUUCAUUGACACGGUGAUCGUGCUAGGGAGAGGGAGAGGGAGAGGCGCCGCGCCACUGCUCAAGUUAACAACUGCAUUCAUUGUCAACAUGGUCUAUCUCUUCUGGCCCUACAUCAUAAUCUUUAGCCUACUGGGAGGUCACAACAAAAGCGCGUUGCACUCCAGGUGA